AACCAAACUGCUUUUAAAGAAUUCCAAAAAAUCCCCUCCGCUCGCUCUGACUGAAUCGCGUGCAAGAGAACGACGAAGGCGUCCGCCGCAAGAAACCCCUCUUUUAAAAACUCUCCUCUCUUUCUCUCUCUCCUCUUACUUUCUCUCUCUAACAACUCCAUAACCAUAUUUCAUCUCCCAAGCUUCUCCUUCUCUUCCUCUCCAUCAUUCAUUUCUUCCACGCCAUCUCAAAUCCUUCAAACUCCAUUCCCCCCGCUCUUCUUUCUUGUUCUUUCACAGUUCUGGACUCUGCCGCCGUUUCUGAUGGGAUAAUACUCGCUGAAUCGACUGGCCGUGUUUCUUCUCCGAUAAGGUCCAAUUUGGCGGAAAUUGAUUCUGUUCCAGCGAUUCGCAAUGUUGGGAGAUCUUAUGGUUCGAUGCCUUCUGAUGCUGUUUGGCUACGCAUAUCCGGCGUUUCAGUGCUACAAAACGGUGGUGAAGAGCCGGAUUGAGGUCCAGGAGCUUCGAUUCUGGUGUCAAUUUUGGAUCAUUGUGGCCAUUCUAACAGUAGUUGAGAGGAUUGCUGACACUUUAGUCGCAUGGUUGCCCAUGUACGGAGAAUUGAAGCUGGCUCUUUUUAUCUACUUGUGGUAUCCAAAGACCAAGGGAUCAGGCUAUGUGUUCGAAAUGUUGCUACGGCCAUUUGUAGAUAAGCAUGAAACAGAUAUUGAACAGAAGCUGGUGGAUUGGAGAGUCAAGGCCUGGGAUUUGGCCAUCUUCUACUGGAAAAACUGUACUGAGCUGAGCCAAUCUGCAUUCCUCCAAGUUAUAAACUACAUGGCUUCUCAGUCCUCUAGGCCUGCAGCCGCCGCCCCACAAGCCAGGAGGAACGAGCAUCAUCCACGUCCAAGCGCGCCCCCACAGCCGCCUCCGCCGCCGCCACCGCCGCCGCCUAAUGACCUUCCCUCGUUCUUCCACAAGCCUCCAAGGCAGACCAGAGACUCGAGCAAGAGUAAGGCCAAGAAGUGGUUUCUUCCAAGUGCCCCUGCUCUGCUCGGCUCCAGCAAUAGGCGUUCCUCAACCACGGCGGAGGAAUUCGAUGCGCAAUUUCCCCUCCAUGACCAAACGAACUAUAUUUAUGAAGGUCAAAACCACAACCAAGCUCGAUUCAGAGGAUCGAAACAAAACCACUAGAAGUUGCUAAAGAAACUGUACAAAAAAAAAAAAAAAUCCCCAAC